AUGAGAUCCGGAUCGAAGGGUGGCAGGUGCAAGUUGCCCAAAACUUGGGCUUCGACGCACGGCGAUAGGCUGCAGGAUGGUGGGUCCGGAUCGACAACGUCGUCAACGACAUCGAAGACGGCCAGAGACUGGGGUAGGCCGCGGACGAAAAGAUCCACUUGGAAGAUCAACGCCAAAAGGGAAAAGGAGGCCAAGUUGCAAGAGCUGGAACGCGGACUCGAAGUGUACUCGCACAAAUCUCCCGCGGGACCGCCUCUCGUCUCCGGAACACCCUACCUCAACCCACUAUGCAAACCAUCCUCAUCCUCGUACACGCACGAUCAACCGCUGCUGCCCUGCGGCAGCUCAUCCAGAGCCGGCUCGGCUCGACUCAAGACUCCCAUGCUGGCCUACACAGCCGACCACGACGAAGCCAACGACCUGCUCUCCUGUCUCGGACCUGGACCCAUGGGUCUCGAUCUCGAAUGGAACUUCUCCCGUCUCGGCUCGCACCGCACCGCCCUCCUCCAGAUCUGCUCUCCAUCGAUGAUCCUCAUCAUCCACACCUCUGCCAUGUCGCACCGCAUCCCACCUCUCCUCACGACGAUCCUGCACGAUCCCACCAUCAUCAAAACCGGCGUAGCCAUCAAAAACGACGCACUCAAGCUGCAGCGCGACUACGGAAUCGACACGCGCAACGUCGUGGAGCUGAGCAACUUUGUCAAGCUCGCCCAACCACAACGAUGGGCCGCCAUCAACCAUCUAAUCAGCUUGCGAGAUCUGACGAGGAUCUAUCUGGGUAGGAAGCUACGCAAGGACAGCGUGAGGGUGAGCGAUUGGGAGAGGUACCCGUUGGACGCGGAGCAGAUCGAGUACGCGGCGAGCGACACUUUUGCCAGUCUGGAGGUGCUGAGAGCUGUUGCGGAGUACUUCAGGCCGAGUGAUGUGGAGGGAAAUUUGUUGGAACAGCUGGAUCGGAUGGAUCGAGAUAGAGCGGACGAAGCGAUGGAUCUUGAUCAAGCGCUCAAGUUGAGCGCGUAUGAUUUGUACCUCGAGCGGGUGGAUAACGAACGAGCGCAGGAGGCAAAGCUGCGCACGGCACUACGCGAGGUUCGAGCCCCUCCUCAGGUGACCCGCUCGCCUUCACCUGCGCCGGUCAAGCCUGCUUCCACAAAAUCACCUCAGCCUGCCAAGAAAGCCAGCAAUCACAGCGAAAACCGGCAAAGCGACAGCGACGAUGACGACGACUUUGUCACGGUGACCAGCGUCCACCUCGCGCACGAUCGAAGCAUGUCGCGUUGGCUCUACUCCUCCCACUCCAUCACGCACAUCGCCUCGUCCAGCAAGAUCAAACCCAACACCGUCGCGCGCUACCUCCUCAGAGCUCUGCUCGAAGCCAAGCAGAAGCACCCACAGCCGAGUCUGCUGCACGACUUUACCGCCCAGCAGAGGGUGCGGCUGGCAGACGAGCUGAAGCAGGCAGGUGCGCAGUGUGCGCUUUCGCUGGCGAGGUAUAAAGCUCUGGCCAAGAGUAUGGGCUGGACCGAUGUGGUGGGAAGCGCGAGUGAGGGCGAGGAGGAGGAGGAUGCGAGCCGGACGGGGAGUGCAAAGCCGAGGAAGGCAGAGGGGAUAGCGGCAGGGAAAGCGAACGCCAGAGCGGCGCCGACAAACUGGAGCUCUCCGACAAAGGAAGUGGGAACAAAGAGACCAGCAGUGGAAAAGUGGAGUCGUCCUCCAUCGGUCGUGGAGAUCAGCGACAGCGAUGAAGUCGACGUUGAGGACACCUCUCGCUAA